UGAGACAGUGACAACCAGGGGUCACGCACAACUUUCAUUAUACCUUCAUUUUGCAGUAUGAUUUGUCUUUCAGUAUUUUGUUGUCAUUAAAUACAUUUUCUUUUAAUCAGCUCGUAAGUUGAAGAACAAGGGGUGAAUAGGGGCUUAUUUUGCCUCAAGGCACCCAAACAACCAACCCUGUCUAAUGUAAGUUAGCCAUAUUUAUUACGUGUAAUAAUAAAGGUGGAGUACACCAUCUUAUAAUCAUGUAUCAUGACUUAUAAUUCUACAUAAAUUACAGCUAAUAACAAAUGUUAUCUUAUAGCCAUGAAUCUAACACAGGGAUGUCUCAAUCAUGGCCUGCGGAACAAAUUUUAAACAGCCCGCAGCUUGUUGUUCAAAAUAUACAAGAUGUGGCCCACCACACAGUAUUGGUUUAUUAAGCUAAAUCUCUUAGCAUUUUUUCCGUUCACCUCACAAUGGCAGGACUAUCAUACAGGCAGAACUGACUGCCCCUUUUCCACUGCCUCUUCAAGGCAAGAAUUUUUAGGCCGCCUUGCUGAUCUGUAUGAAAGGUACGAUCCCAGAAUGGGAGACAGAGUCGUCCCACCUGUAAGCGGGCAGUGGAGGUAGUAACAGCUCCAAAACGAUGUCUGUAUAAAUGAGACAGCUGGCAGAACUGGAUCAUGAUUGGCACAGUGUGACAUUUUGAUGACAUACUAUGUGUGUGACCCAGCAUGGGUAAAAAGUAGCUGAUAGCAGUUAGCAGCUAGCUCAUAGAAGAAGAACAGGGGCUGAAAAUGUCCACAAAUCUGGCAGACAAUGAGUAAGCUGUGUGAUGUGAGAAGCAGCAGGCCCCUGGGUGUUGUCACACAAUUAAAUCCGGCCCCCAUUCAAUAAGUUUGGACACGCAUUCUCUAACAUGUAGCUAGGCCCAAAAACUUCUUUCACAGCAGUUUACUUCUAUAAUACAGGGUAUCUUCUGAGGUGAUUUUGCAGUGAUGUUUUCCCUCUGCCUUCUUGUGUGUAAAAAUUAGUUUACCAGUAAAAUGUGUCACCUGUAUUUACUGUAGGGCAACAUACAGUACGUGAAAGUGCUGUACAGAGUUUCUGAACACUCCAGUACUGACUGAUGAUGAUGCUUAUGUAUGUUAGAUGUAUUACUUUCAUUUUAAUUAAGUGUGUAAAAAUAUAACAGCUCUGAGACGCUCUCCUGGGAUCAGUGCAGCAGUGGGAAGUCCCAUCACAGGGUUAAAGGUACAGUAGCGUGCGUCAGCUGAUGCGUAGCGCCGCGUAAUGAGCGCGGAGGGGGAGGUGGAGGAGGUGGAGGCCGGUCCCCUCCUCUCUGCCUGUGUCGGAGCUGUGCUGGCUGCAGCUCUCAGCAGCUUCCUGCCGCCGCUGCUCCUCCUGACAAACGGCUCAUUCUCAUCACUGAUCAUGUGCCUCUCUCUCUGGCUGUCUUCGGCUCUGCAGCAGGAAGUUCGCCUUGUUUUCUUCCUCUUGCUUUUCCUUUCUCCCUCCUCUUGACAGCCACACUCGCAGCAUUUACUUCCUCACUCUUUUUCUGGCUUUUUUUUUUCUUCGGUGCGGUGCUCAGCUCUCCUCCGCGGGGCGAGAGAGCUGUGACGCCGGGUUUGUGAAGCCAGUGUCCGGCGGCGAACACCGGCAGAGGCCCCCCUCCGCUCCGCUCCGCUCCCUCCUCCUCCGGCCAGGGACAGCAGGUUCAUGGAGGCCCCGGUGGAGGAGAAGGAGCCGUCGCCGAUGGACAAGUCUCUGCCUCCACCUACCUUGAGCCCGGCCGUGCCCCCCUACGUCACUUUGGGCCUGACGGUGGUGUACACCGUCUUCUACUCCCUCCUCUUCAUCUUCAUCUACGUGCAGCUCUGGCUGGUCCUGCGGUACCGACAUAAGCGCUUCAGCUACCAGACCGUGUUCCUGUCCCUGUGCCUGCUCUGGUCGGCCCUGCGCACCGUGCUCUUCUCCUUCUACUUCAAGAACUUUGUCACAGCCAACACUCUGGGGCCCUUUCCCUUCUGGCUGCUCUACUGCUUCCCUGUCUGCCUCCAGUUCUUCACUCUCAGUCUCAUGAACCUUUACUUUGCACAGGUGGUUUUCAAGGCAAAGUCGAAAUAUGCACCAGAGCUUUUGAGGUACAGGCUGCCGCUGUACCUGUUCUUCCUGUUUAUCAGCCUGGUGUUUUUAGUAGUAAAUUUAGUGUGUGCACUGCUGGUGAGGAUGUCCUCUGCAGAAGCCCACACCAUCGUGCUAGUGCGGGUCGCCAUCAAUGACUCACUCUUUGUCCUGUGUGCCAUCUCGCUCUCCUUGUGUCUUUACAAGGUCGCUAAGAUGUCACUAGCCAACAUUUACCUGGAAUCCAAGGGGACGUCAGUGUGCCAGGUGACUGUCAUAGGAGCCAUCGUCAUCCUCCUGUACUCUUCCAGGGCCUGCUACAAUCUGGUUGUCCUGGGACUCUCAAACAAGAGCAUUAACUCCUUUGACUACGACUGGUACAACGUGUCAGACCAGGCAGAUUUACAGUCAACUCUGGGCGACGCAGGCUACAUCGUUUUCGGAGUGAUCUUGUUCGUAUGGGAGCUGCUCCCCACCUCUCUCCUUGUCUUCUUCUUCAGAGUGCGGCAGCCCGACCUAGACAGGAGCGGUUCUGGGCUUCCUGGUCACGUCUUCUCCUCCAGGGCGUAUUUCUUUGACAACCCAAGGCGUUAUGACAGCGACGAUGAUCUGGCGUGGAGCGUCAUGCCUCAGAACAUCCAAGCCAGUCUGGCUGCUGACAGUUACGAGUGGGGGAGUCAGAGCAGCAGUGGUGGCGGCGGCAUCGGCGCCUACAUCGGAGGGGACGACAGUUACAACCUCCCACCUCCUCCAGAGGAGCUCAGCCAUUACUGACCGGAGUUCAGCGACUCCUUCUGACCUGUGGCUUUGUGUUUAUUUUUUUAAUCUGUAUAUUUUUGCACAGUCUCUCUUAGCGACAGAGGCACAUCCUAGACUCGAUACAUUCAGUCUCCUAUUUUGUCUAGAGAAGAAGAACUAACAGACUUUUCUGCCAGUAUACCAAGGUCCACUGAUGGGGACAUUAAUUUUGCACACUCCUUGUACAAAGUGAUCUAAUUUUGACUGCUUUUAAACAUUUCCACUGUAUAGUUUAUAUUGAAUACUGCUUAAUAUAUUUCCUGACUUUUGUAAUAUGUACUGUAUUUACUAUUUUAUGUACUUUGUUCUUUUUCAUACAGAUUUGUUUAUAUAGAGGAGACAUUUAAUUCAUAUUAAAACAGAUUAAAUGCUGUGAAAGACGCAGUUCGUUCUGUAUUAUCCACUAAUACUUGAUGGUUUCAUUAUAUCUUUUAUAAUCAUUUUUCACACUGGUCUUUCAGCACAACCUUGGGAGC